AUGUCGGGCCAAGGGACAGCCAUGCUUGCGGUGGCACAGGCGGUGCCAUGGGAGACUGCGCUGAUGACAACGGCUGUCUGUGGAGCGCUGUUGGUUCUCGGCGAGCGCGUCGACUCGCAGCUUGCCAGGUGGGCUUUCAAGCCGGUCGCCUCGCUUGGCUUUAUCGCUGCCGCACUCGCUGCCCACACCUCUGUCUUUGGUGCAUAUCAUGAUUUAUGGGAUGUGUUCGAGGCUGAUGAUCCUGCUUCGGCCAUUGUCAUUGGUCUGCUUCUCUCCUGGUGGGGCGAUGUCUUGCUCAUUCCCUCCUCAGAGAUUGUCUUCAAGUCGGGCAUCCUCGCCUUUCUCCUCGGCCACCUCGCCUACUCGGUCGCUUUUCUUCGCAUGGGUGUUGAUGCCCGUGGCUGCGGCUUUGCCGUCCUGCCUGUCAUUCCCUUUGCUUACAUCGUUCUUUGCUGGUUGAUGCCUGAUGUACCGUCAGACAUGGUUGCCCCGGUCAUCGCCUACAUCCUGGUCAUCUGCUCCAUGGUCGUCCUCUCGGUCGGCGCCUACGCUGCUGGUGCCGACGAGCUCUUCCCCAUCGGUGCCAUCGCAUUUCUUUUCUCGGACCUCUUUGUCGCCCGCGAGCGCUUUGUCGCCCCAGGCUUUGUCAAUCGUGCCAUCGGCCUCCCGCUCUACUACGGCUCGCAGCUCAUCCUAGCCGCCGCCAUCUACCGCCUUGUCUAA